AUGGAGCCUACCAAUUUCACAUUUCUGAAUACCACGGGCGCCUCGCGUCUCUCCAAGCCCGCCGCGAAGCAGAUGAGGGCGCACAUCACCAAGACCAAUUUCGCAAGACGGCUUCGCAACCUACAAGACCUAUCCUUCUUCGAAGGCACCUACACCCCCGAAACCCCCCACGAUAAAUCAUGGUUGAACCUCAUUGCCUCAGAACCGGCUCUAAUUGAAGCCUUCCUGGCGAUCGCCCUCCUGACGUCUACACGGCCGAUAACGGAUGGGGUCCUGGGGGCGGUUGUUGGUAUGGCUCUUGGUGCGGCUCUCGCGCAGGACCAGGUUGCUUGGAAUAUUCUAUCAAUGGGCUGGUGGAUGUUGGAUUCGAUUAACAGUAUCUUUGGUUUUGCGCGGGUGUACCAUCCUAGUAUUGUCGAAGCAUUGGGGGAGUAUGAUGGUCAGAGGAUCUCUAAGCUGGCGGAGAUCUGUGACAAGGCCACUCGACUCCGGGAGGUGAUCGAGUCCUGUCACCAGCAGUACCAGUUCGAUGCGUGUUUGGUAGCUCAAGGGAUUGAAGAGCCUUUCGCGAGCUUGCACUAUGAAGCGCGGGCACUCCGGGUGGACAGUAAUGCACAAGUCGAUGCCACUGCACGCGCGAUCGAGCUGGUGCUCUAUCUUCUUUGGCCUUCAACGUCAGCAGCUCACUUGACCCUUCUUGCUGCUGAGCUGAAAGAUGCCAUCUGCCGGUUUCCCAUCGAGAGUUGUUACUAUAUGAAUCUGACCUCCUUUCAACUCAUGAUUGGGGCUAUUGCUGCAGAGGAGGGCUCGCUCGUGAGAGCAUGGUUUGUCGAUCGGUUGGUGACGGCCGUGCGAGCGAUGUAUUUACAUGGAUGGGAGGAGCCAUUGAGUCUUAUGCAGGGGAAGCUAGUGUCGGAGAUCGGGUUGAAUGGACGAUUCAGGGCCUUGUGGAGGGAGUUGCAUGAUAUAGCUGUCAAUUCGGUUGUUUGA